AUGUCAUUCCUUCAAAACUUGAUAAUAGACGGUCUAGUCUCUGGUAUAAAAGCUGGCAUGAACGGCGUAAUCAAAAAAGCCCUUCAAGGCUAUGUUGGCUUUGCAAACCUGCCUAACCAAGUGCACCGAAAAUCAGUCAAGAAAGGCUUUCAUUUCACCGUCAUGAUUGUCGGUGAGUCUGGUCUUGGAAAAUCCACAUUGGUCAAUACUCUAUUUGGAACAACACUUUAUCCCAAAAAGGAUAAUGUUGAACCAACAGAUGAGACGCCAAAGACCGUUGAGAUCCAAAGUUUGAGUGCUGAAAUUGAAGAGAACGGAGUCAAACUAAGACUCACUGUCGUCGACACACCCGGAUUUGGUGAUUUUGUUAAUAACGAGGAGAGCUGGAAACCGAUCCUUGACAACAUUGAAGCACGCUUCGAUGCAUACCUCGAACAAGAAAACCGCGUGAACCGUCGUAAGAUGGUUGACAAUCGCGUCCACGCUUGCAUCUACUUCAUUGCACCCACUGGUCACUCUCUUAAACCUCUCGACGUUGAGUUCAUGCGCCGUCUUCACACAAAAGUUAAUCUUAUUCCCGUAAUCGCCAAGAGCGAUACUUUAACCGAAGACGAAAUCAAGCAAUUCAAACAGAGAAUUCUGGAUGACAUCAAGUUCCACAACAUUCAGAUCUACCAGGCACCGCAGUAUGAAUAUGAUGACCCAGAGACGAUAGCAGAGAACAAGGAAAUCAUCAACAAAAUCCCGUUUGCUAUUGUCGGCAGUGACAGAGAAGUAGAGAGAGAUGAUGGCAAGAAAGUCCGAGGCAGGAAAUAUCCAUGGGGUGUGAUCGAAGUUGAUAAUCCGGACCAUUGUGAUUUUGUCAAAUUAAGGCAGAUGCUUAUUCGCACCCAUAUGGAAGAACUAAAGGAAUACACAAGUGACGUUCUCUACGAAAACUAUCGUUCCGAGAAAUUAGAAAGCAUGGGUGUCCAACAAGAUCCAACAGUCUUUAAGGAAGUUAACCCACUUGCCAAGAUGGAAGAAGAGCGUCAACUUCACGAAGUGAAAUUACAAAAGAUGGAAAAUGAAAUGAAGUCAGUAUUCCAACAGAAAGUCGCAGAGAAAGAGUCGAAAUUGAAGCAAACUAAGAAGAAAGGAUUUUCGUUUAACAAGUAG